GUUAUCAGUUCACCAGGAUAUCUCAAACGGGCAAAUUAAUAUUAAUUUUUUCAGUGGAAUGUGCUAAACAGCGUGUGUGUGAUUACUGGGUUUAAAUAUGUGGACAAAAAGAGUUUUAUAUGGUUUAGUGGUUCUUUAUAUGACGAUAUCGAUUUGUCAGAGCAGUUACUUUUUGGCGAGGAAAAGGUCGAAAAACCACAACAACUUCUUCGACUAUUGCUUUUGUGUAACGAACAGUUCUUUUGCAUUAAGUUGGAUUCAAGAAGAUAUUACAGAGAAACUUGACUAUGUUUCAAAAUAUAUACCAGAACAAGCAGAUGGCGAAAGGAAUUAUGACAUCAAAGACGACGAAAUUACCAGAAAAUAUUUCAUGAAAGACCCUUGGCGGCUGCAGACUUCGAUGCAGUCCAACUUUAACCACCCAAUUUUAGACGAAAGAUGGGAAGCCAUGAACGUGAUAAAAACGGAAUACGUGGAACGAAGUUUUGAAAAAGUAAAAUACCAACACUUUCAAAACAUAGUUCUAAAGAAAGAGAGCUUCGACAUUCCCCUGUCCAUCAGAAUCGAAAAAGAGGGUCACAUAUUUCUUUGCGACGGUGAAUAUCCACCGAUCUCCCGUUGCUACUGGUUUAUGCUACAAUCCUUUAGUGGAAUGGGCAGUGCAAUACGAAAAUGCGAAAAAGGACACAUCCCUUCAGAACCUGGAAAAUUGCCUCAAACAUCUUGCAACGAUCAAGGAGUAUACAAAAUCCAUACCAUUGUCCCUACUUUUCUCUCUAACAAAAUGUGGUCACAUUUUGUUUUGUCUAAACACAGAAAUGUACUGAAAUUUAGUCAGUUUAGUGAUCAAAAAGAAAAACUAAUAAUGGAAUGGAAAGAUUAUGAUAUUCCCAUAGAUGUUACACAUAUUAUAGUCCACAGCAAAGAAAACAGUGGUCUAUGGAAGAUUCAUAACUUUGAGUUUCUUUAUGCGGAUGCUGCAAGUAGCGAUGUUAAUUUAGGGCCUCCUAUAUUUAGUACAGAUACAUUUGUAUGCAUUUCAAUGUACGUCACGAUGUGCCCUUCUUGUAAAUUGGUACUAUCUUUAGAGGAUGGGCAACAUGUUUUAAAAACGGAAGAAUUCGAACUCAAACACGCAGGUUGGGACCAAAUUAAAAUUAUGACUGAAAACGCCAACACUUCAAACGCAAUAAGGUUAUUAGUAUCUACUAAAAGUUCAGACCCAAAACCUUAUUGGGCGAUCGAUAAAGUCAGAUUAUGUCAAAGAAAAGAAUUUCGAAUGCUGAAAUCACGAACGUGGGCAUCGUGUCAAUUGAUAUCUGAUUCUGAACAAGUUACUGAUGUUAAGGGCCAAUCUCAACCCAACCUUAACAGCAAGUGUCCAGAAGAUACGAUUGGGGAAUUUUGUGUACCAUGUCUCUGGAUGUCUAUAACGUGUUAUAACUUAAAAGUUUGCAAAGAGCGGAAGUGCGUUUGUUCCUCUGGUUACUUAGGUUCAGAUUGUUAUCAAUUUUGUCCACGCAAGACUUACGGUCAUGGGUGUCAAAAACAAUGUACAAACUGCAAGUAUGACUGUAACGGGGUGACCGGAACGUGUCCUGGUGGAUGUCGUGAAAACUACUAUGGUGAAAAAUGCGAUAUACCACCAGCAACAUUUGCGAAUCCUCCAGAAAUAACUGAAAUCUCGUAUACAGAAGCUACCGUCAGAGUCUCAAAUUUCCAACUUGAAAAUUCUGUAUCUUACCCCAUAGCACAAUAUUACACAGUGCAAUACAAAACGGCCGAAGCUUCGGAUAUCAACUGGAGAAACGUGGGUGAUCGAUACCACAAAUUCAACACCACUGGAAUUUUUAAAAUUCUUAAUUUGACAUUAGGAACACAGUAUCUUGUUCAAAGUGUUAUUAUGGAACCAAACGGAAAGUGGAAUAUUAAUGAUCAUUUAAAAGUUAAUAACUUUGCAACAAGAUGCGACGAAAUUUCCGAGGAUGAUAUUAAUAUUGAAACAUCCAAGACUACUGCAAGAAUAUAUUUAUCGGAGGGUACUACACUUACUUGUAAAUCGCAUUUCAUAACGUUAGAUGAAGAAGGUGCUGCUGGUUUUUCAAACAGGAGCGGUACUUUUUUGACUAAUUUGCUGCCCUAUAAAAGUUACAAGGUUAUAGUUAGAGGCAUACAGAAAACAUACGAAAAAAAAUUUGCAACCGACGAAAAAGCACCCACUGUUGUUUUGAGUCUUACGGGCACCGCUGCGUCCGCUACGACUGUAGAUUUAAAAUGGACCGAACCGUUGUCCAUAAAUGGUGUUUUUAAACACUAUGUUGUGGAAUACCAACAUGUGUCUUACGGAGGUUGUAAUUUUUCUUCUGUUGAAUCGACAACGAAAUUUCGUCGAGAAACAGAAAAUACUUCCAUAACAAUUACCGAACUGAUUCCUUAUUCAACAUACGAAUUUACUGUGUUUGCUUUAAACACAAAAUUCAGUGGACCACCGUUUUCUAAAAUAACAACAACAGCUAGUUCUGAGGAGAUCCAACCAGAAGAAUUACUCAACUUCGUCGGCUUAAACACAACGCAUGAUAGUGUAAACAUCGUACUGUCUGAAAUAAAAUGUGAAAACAUUCGAGGCCCACUUACAGUUGAAAUAAAGACCACAUGUAUCAGCGAAUGGUGUCAAAAUAAGCAUACACAACGUAAAAUCGAUAUUAAAACACUCCCCAAGACUGGCAUCAUUGAAGUUAUGAAUCUACAAUCCUAUUCAGAAUAUGAUCUAGAAGUUCAGCUAUGUCGCGUAAAUGGAAAUUGUAGUGCACCACAAAAGAAAAAAUUCGAAACAAAGACAACAGUGUCGAAGUCCGUCUCGAAUUUACUUGUCUACACCAAAAAUGCGUCGUCCGUUUCGUUAAGGUGGAAACCGCCUUAUCCACCUACUGGUGUUUUAAAGAACUACAAAAUUAAUUAUUUUAGUUAUCGUAAAAAAGUGGAAGAGGAAGUGCAAAUUAGACGGUGUAAGCUGUGGCCUGAGCUUCAUUGUGCAAUAUUAAAUGACUUACCAUCAAAUGCAGAUCUUACAAUUAAAGUUUAUGCAAUAAACAAUGCUGUGGAGGAUUAUAGUCCACCCAAAGAAAUUCAAACCUACGUCAAAACUGAGAAAUCCAAGCCUCCGUAUAACUUAAUGCUUAACUGGACUACAAAAAACGACAUUCAGGUAGUAUGGAAACAUCCAAAUGAAACAAAUGGUGAGGUAUCUUACUUUGGAAUUCAAGUCAUUGAUUCGACUACUGACCAAAAGGAAAUAAUUGAUGAACAAAAGGUAAACGUGUCGCGAGAAACAUACAAUUUGACUUAUCACUACCUGUUUGACGGUUCACUACUCUCUCCAACAACCGAAUACACAGUAGCGGUCUAUGCAUUUAACGGGGAAGAUGGAGAUUCAGCACAACAGAUGACAACGAGUCCACUUGACGUCCCAAAGUUAUCAGACGACCCCGAAUUCGUCAUUUCAAAUGGUUUACUUAAAAUUUUGGUUUUACCGAACAAAGUCCGGGGAUAUACCCACACCUACCAACUCUUAGUUCUAAGAUCAGACAAACAAAGCAAUCUCGAACUAUAUCCUAGCUUACAAGAGUAUGAACUGAAAAACUUGAAAGUCAUUGUGGAGUGUGACCUUUCACAGAUACCAGAAACGUUAGAAAUAUAUGUUGGAAGUCUUCAACAGCAGCCCAGUUGCAAGGACAAGGAUAAUUCUUCUCUGAAGGCAGAAAUUACUGGCAACAUCACGAUCGUUUUGCAAAAUUUUUUCAAAAAUGAGAGUAGGACUACCAUAUACACGUAUAACCCAGUGGAGAAGAUGAAGCGAGUCGUUGUAAAUCCUAACUACUAUUGGCCGCCUGUGCUAUUAAUUCUAGUACUGGUAGUGAUAUUCUUUGUAUUUAAAUGGUACACAAAGAAGGAUGUCGGAUUUUCAUGGAGAAAUCAUACAUCAGACAGUAGAGCAGAUCGUCAAACAAUCGAGUUACCUUUAGUGUACACAAAACAAAAUAGACAAAAAUGCAAGAAAUCUCAACAUAUAAAAGCAGUUAGUGGAAACCCAGACCAUCUUUCAAAAAUCAUUGGACGUAAAAAUUUCCAAAAUUAUACUAAAAUGUCUCUCGACAAUCACGAUUUGAAGCAACAACAUGAGGCAAUUCUAGAAUUCAUUUGCACCUACGAGACUGUUCAAGUUACGACAGACUCCGUCGAAUAUGUCGACAUGAUUUAUAUUAGCGGUCUUCAAAUUAAUAAAACUUACGCUGUCACCAAAAUACCGACUUCUAAUGAGUACGACGCAUUUUGGGAAACAAUAUGGACGGAGAAUAUUCGCUACAUUGUAUUGUUUGAAAACAACCACACAAACGACAGAUCCGACGUUAAACUAUACUGGCCCACCGAAGGCAAAAACGUCUAUGGUGAUGUCACCGUACAGUUUACUACGUCGGAUGAUCAUCACUUGUUUAACCACAAUAAAUUUAGCAUACAAUUUAAAAACAAAUCUCGACAGAUCGAGCAACUACAUUUCCGCCUAGAGUCAGACGACGGAUUUUAUUUACUCUCCCUUAAUUACGUAAACUUUUUCCAAAAAAUGAGCAAAAUUCCUCAUUCUUGCGAAUCACCGAUUCUGGUCCACAGCAGUUCAGGAAUGAGAGGGGUUGGUUUCGUUCUGCUUUGUGACAUGUCUUUGAGGACAGCCACGAAAGACGGAGCAGUAGAUGUGAUGGCAAAUCUCAAAAACCUCACACAGUACACUUCGGAGUUGAUGGUGGAUUUCGACCACUACGUAGCGGCUCACACCGUCAUCGCGGACUGUCUUCGUUACAUUGACACGACCAUAAAAUGCAACGAGUUCGACGUUAACAAAGAAAAACUUUUCGACGAGGCUGAAAUCCAGGAGCAUCUUUAUUAUCUGCAGGAUACUGAGUGGUUAGAUCGAAUAAAAUACGAUGACGAUGAGCGCUUCACUCAAGCGAUCCGUCCAGAAAGUGCAGACGAAUUGCUCCCCGCUCCUUGCACUUCUGGAGACGCUGAUUCUUUCUUGAAACGGUUCAAGAUUGUCAAAGUUUACGGUUUUAAAACUCAGAAAAAUUUUAUAGUGUUGCAUGAACCUAAAGCGAGACCCUUGUGCGACCUUUUCAAUCUAGUACAAGAUGAAAGUGUGGCAGCAAUUGUGACUCUUAACAACGAGAUUUUCUUGUGGCCUAACGAAAACCACCCCGUGAUAGAAAUAAACGCAGACGUCAAAUUAGAGCAUCAAAUGACAAGAAACUUGAAAAGUUGCGAUUGGAUAACUGUGAAAGUGACCACUGCAACUGCAACACAAAUUGUUGAAGUUAUAUCUUUGAAGAACUGGCUGACGCCGACACCAUCUUUGCCAAAGGCUCAGAAUUUCAUAAAUUUUGUUGGCGAAUCUAACGAGAUUUGUAAAAACGUCGAAAUUGUGCUGAUUACUGACUGGGGAAACGUAACUACGUCUGGUUUAUAUAUUACUCUUACGUGUAUCAUUCAAAAGAUCAAAACCAAGGGCGUGUGCGAUAUUUGUGGCAGUGUUAGAAUGCUUCGACGUCACUUUGAGAAUUUUGUUGUGAACAAAAGGCAUUACAUGUUUUUAGUAGAAGCGGCCCACAACUACCUGAAAGAAUUUAAUUUAUAUGAAAUGAGAUAAUGUAAUUAUUAUAUCUGUAAGAAAAUUAUAAAUGUUUUUAAAAAAUAAAACUAAGCAAUUCAUUGCGAUAAAAAGAAACAAA